GCCAUAUCCAGCAAAUCUGCAUCCCACACAGCAAAGAAUGUUAUCUAAGGUUAAGUAAUCGGAAGCGAAGCUAGACACUCUUGAUAGAUAGAGAUUUGGUUUGCCUGAUUCUGAUUCUUCUUGUUCUUCACAUAAGCUCCAAUGUCCUUUUGCCUGAUCAUGGAGAGAGCUCAAAUGUGUUCCCGGCAGCAUCGCGUGUCUGACGUUUUUGAAACACCUGCAUUUUUUAACCAUCAGCAGACGUCAUAACUUUCUAUGUGAGUGAACUUUGGUACUUUAUUAAUUUAAUUGGACAGGUUUGUUAGAAUAUAUUUUGCACACAUCUAAAUAUAUUAUCUCCAACAAAAAGGAUUAUCCUAUCGUAACCUUUCUUAAAUAAAAAAAAGAAAAAGAUAUCCUAUAUUAUUAUCAGAGUUAAUCGUAAACAGAAAACCUAAUGGAUCUGCAUGUUAGCCUUCCGUGGGAACUGGAGGAAGAAAUACUCUCUCGUCUUCCACCUCAGUCUCUUGUUCGAUUCAGAGCCGUGUCUAAGAGAUGGAACUCUCUCUUAAACAACAAGAGUUUCAUCAACAAGCACUUGUCUCUCUCCCGUCCCCACUUCAUCCUCCUAACCAAAUCAAAGAUUUAUUCAAUAGACAUCAUCGAUCAAAGGGUAACUUUGCGUGAGCUACACUCUUCUUGUAGGGAUUCAAAUUUGCAAUACAGCAGAAUCACUACUUGCGAUGAACUCUUGUUCUGUAAAUAUCCUCCAUUCCAUUCGAAGAUGGAGACAGCGCUCUGGUCUCCAUGUUUGAGACAGGCUAACUUGAUAAAGUUGUAUUCCGUGGGCAAAGAGUUCAAUGCUUUCGGCUUAGGAUACGACAACAGUGGACCCCAAAAGGUUCACAAGCUUUUACUGUACCACCCACCCCAGGUAGCUGCGAUCUACGAGUGUGCUUCUCACGUGUUGAGGUACAUUAAUGCACCUUACGAGGUACGCAUGCCUGAAAUAGAUAGACGGUCACAUGUGUCUUUGUAUGGAAAUUUGUAUUGGAUUGAUUACAAUCUCCAGACUGGUGAGUAUUUCAUCCAAAGCUUUGAAUUCACUAGGGAGAUUUUCAAACCCUUUUGUCUCCUUCCCUUACAAGAUAACCAUUGUCUCAAUGAACUUCGCCUUGCGGUUUGGAAAGGAGAUCGGUUUUCGUUGUUAAAGCAAAAAUUUUUAAGAAGGAAGAUUGAAAUUUGGGUAACUAAGAAUAAGAUUGAUGAUAAAGAGGAAGUGGUGUGGAUAAACUUUAUGACCUUGACAACAACUAACUUGCCAAAUUUGUUUCACAAGAAGUGUGGUGUUAGUUACUUCAUCUAUGACAAGACCCUAUUCAUGUGUUGUGGCGACGAUGAAGCUAGUCAUCCUUGCAUCUAUAUUGUGAAGGGAGAUGUGUGCAAUAAGAUUCAGAUAGGGUAUGGCCAGGUCAGCUGGUUUUCUCACUGUGCCUAUGUUCCAAAUUUGAUCUCGGUUCCUUUAAAAUUUCAGAUUUGAGUGAAUUGUUGCAAGUCUAUUAUUAUCAGUUUUUCUUUUUAAGUUGUUGCAUCUCUUUUGUUUUUUUUUUGAAAUUUUAACGUGAUUGAUUUUUUUUUUUUUCAUUUUUUACUUGAGUUAUUUGAAUGUUUAUGUUUGAAGUUGAUACAAACAUGCAACAAAAGUGUUGUUGCAACCAGAUGGAAGAAGUGGAUAAAGGACAAAUUUCACACACAAAUUAAGAACAAACUUCGCUUCGCCAGUAACAUUUUCUCGCCUCCAAUUUUCAUCAACUACACAAUCUCAAUUUACCACAAAUACUUUGAUGUGGAACAAUCCUUUCGCUGAAAGGCAUCUUUGUUCGCUUGAUGAGCUUUGAGAUCACACUCAUUCCUCACAUUAAGAAGAGAUUGGCUUGUGGUGACUAUGGUAAUGGUGCAAUGGCUGAACCUUCUUUGAUUUAUUCCACUGUUAAGACUCUUUUGGGAGUCGGAGGCGCAUCAGCUAAGUGCUGGAACAAGUUCAAACCGUAGCUUCCACUUUGCAUUGGUUGGUUCUGUUUUCACUAUCAUAGAUUCUAUAAUGUUAAUCUUAUAAGUAGCUGUCUCGAUUUGAUGUCUCUAGAGGACCAGUUUCAUUGUCUCUACUCAUGUUGGUGUGGGAAUAUUUAUGUUUAUUGCCUAGCUUUUUGGUGUUCUCCUCAGUCUUUGAAUCUCAUGUCAUAGCGUUUAUAUAUAACUUAACCAAUUCUCAGAUAACUAAGCAGCUUUACUUUCCAUCAGUUAUCAUGAACUCAAACGGCAAGCUGACUAAGACAUGAAGUUUAUAUCUUUUGAAACACUACAAUGCAACCGAAAUCUAAACUUAAAAAACGCCAAAUACAGUAUGGAAACAUUCAGAUAGAUUAUUCAACAAAUUUAAAACCAGUUCUUAUAGAAACCAAAGAUUGAUUGAAGCAAAUCUUGAUUUAUCUAUCUAACCGAAACACUGAAGGUAAACGAAACAACAUUCAAAAGUUCACAUAACAUCAAAUACGCUUACUGCUAUCUAAGACGCUUCACUCUUAACACGGUCAUUGGACAGAUUAAUGCUUGAGUUCUUGUCAUCAUCCUGACAUGAUGUAUUAGAGACAAUUAUAGUUCACAUGUUUUGUCAUGUUUUCUCGCAUUUCAUUAAUCAUCCUAAUUGGACAAAUAGUCAUCAGAAUACAACAAGAUUCAAAUAAAAUCAGUACAAGUUAAAACUGCCAUUUUACACUUCCAAAGAAUACACAAAUGAGUCAAUUCACAAUUCCAGACCCAACACUAACGAAUGACACACAGACGAGUCACUUAUCAUAACUUUAGAUUCGACAUAUGUGAUCACCGGCUGGUUCCGAUUAAUCGAGGCAAGAGUACUAUGGUUUCACCUUCGAGAUUCCACAAAUCCGAGCAUAUCAAAGGGACCUAAGGGAGAAGCAGUGAGCAAGAAGGAAAAAAAUAGAAAGGGGGAGGUGUCCGACUCCGGCGAGAAAGGGACACUGGAGCCGGCUGAAUGGAGAUUUUGGGAGUGUACGCCGAGAGAGAGUUUUUUUUUGGAAAAUACGCCGAGAGAGUUUUGAUUUAGUCAUGUGUUUUGUCAUUUUCAACAAUGGUUCAUGACAUUCAUUAUGAUACACGUAGAUUCUCUUCACCCAAUAUCUCUGUUGGCUUUUUUCAUAUCUCUUUAUACAUUCACUUCAGGGUAACAUUAGAGGUGUAUAAAUUUCCAUAUAAAUAUAUAAACAGUUGUCAAUGUUAAAUCAAAUCUAACCCGACUAUACAUGCAUGGACAAUAUCCACGACUCGACUUGAUCAUCUUAUGGAACACAAAACUUCUCUAAACGUUCUUAACCCUAGUAUUCUCAUGGACUAAUACCCGUUCCUAAUUUACUAUAUCCUCGAUUCUCUCUUUUUGUUUUGAUUUUUGAGGUUUUAUAAUGUUUAACUUACUUGUCUUAUGUAUAGCCUCCAUUAACAAAAUUUUCCUUAAAACUUAACUUCUUAUAACAUAUGUUUAAAAACAUAUAUUUGACCCAAAAAAACAUAUACAGUGAAACCUCUAUAAAUUAAUAAUGUUGUGACUACACCAAAACUAUAAUUUUUCAUUAAUUUAUAGAGAUAUUAAUUUAUCGAUAUACUAAUUGAA